UGUUGGCUUCCCCACCUUGGGGUUGUGUGUCCUCAGCUGGAGUGGGGACACUGUCCAGCCUGCCCGUGUGGGCGUCUGAGCCUCAAAAUAGACUCCCUUUCUCCAGAGCUGUGGAUUCCCCUGGGCUGAGAGGAUAUAAACGGGCAGCAGCCCAGGGUCCUGGUCACCAGGUCAGGCCCGGCAGCUUCCUCCAGGGUCACCCCCUCUGCCCACCAGGGGACUUGGAGUUUGGUUCCAUCUCCAGGGUGCUGAUGUGGUUCAUGCUCCAGGGAACCAGGAAGCUGAGUCUAGAGGCUGAGGGGAUCUGGCGGUGGAGCGCUAGGAUCAGACGCCCCCGCAAUGACCAGCUCCCCUGUGUCCAGAGUCGUGUACAACGGCAAGAGGACCAGCAGCCCCCGCUCCCCACCCAGCAGCAGCGAGAUCUUCACCCCAGCCCACGAGGAGAACGUCCGCUUCAUUUACGAAGCCUGGCAGGGCGUGGAGCGAGACCUGCGAAGCCAGGUGCCGGGCGGCGAGCGGGGCCUGGUGGAGGAGUAUGUGGAGAAGGUCCCUAAUCCCAGCCUGAAGACCUUCAAGCCCAUCGACCUGAGUGACCUGAAGCGCCGGAGCACGCAGGAUGCCAAGAAGUCCUAGAGCGCCCAGCGUCCCUCCCCGGCCUCUGGAAGAUCAGGGUGCAAGGUGUCGGCUCCCUCCUGUCCUGUGGCCCUGCUCCUGGGAUGGGGGUGUCUCACUCCAGCGGGCUGCAGACCCCAGCACCGGUGUGACUGACGGCUGAGGCCUGCCUCUCCUUCCCAAAUCCCCUCCUUCCUCCUUGGGGGUCUCAGGCUGCCCCCAUCAUGGGGGUCUGGGCCCUCCCCACCCUGCUGCCCUCCCCCAGCCACCUGGCUGCGUUUUUGAAGCUGCCUGGCCCCCAGGGACCCUGACCUGCCCUCUUUCCUCUCCCCUCACCCUCCUGUCCUUGGCCACAGCAGAAUCAGGAGGGGAGAGGAAGGAGCCUCUGCUGCCUCCCAGGCUGCUGGGACUGGGCUGGUUUUGUCCGUGAAAUGGCCAGGAUACAGGACAAGGGCAGCCCCACCCCAUCCAACCCAGGACCCCCCACAGACCCUUGCUGCUCCCGUGGCCUGGACACGCUGGGGAGCUUCUCACACCUACCCCUACUGUCCAGCCUGGCCCCUUCCCUGAAUCAGCUUCAAGAUGGCACCAGCUCUUUGGGCCUAGGAUACUGCCGGGCCCCCCAAAGGGGUCCCCAGCAACCAGGCCUGGCCUCCUGGUAUCUGUGGUCAUAGUGGCCCCAUGGGUAGGGGCACCCAGGCUGACCCUGAGGUGCUGCUGCUGUGUCUGUCUUGGCUCUGGGGUAUGCUGGGAGGGUCACCAGGUCCCUUUUUCUUCCUGUGCCCUCUGAAAGCCAAGUGUCUGUGUGGCUGUGGAGCUCCAGGGUCUGUUAAUAAAGGCAGUGGCACUGGG